CGCUCACUGAGUUUGCAAAGCGCCAAAGCUGCAGAAUUCCCCUCCCUCCCUCUCUACAAUCCGUUACUGGGGCUUUGGAGGGUGACGCAGCAUUGGUAACACGGGCACAGGGUACCGCUGCGCAACAAAAGAUCACUCCUAGACGCGGGAUAUUGUGUCUGCAGUUUCCAUAGAGCGAACAUGAAAGCUCAGUUAUUUGCAGUAGACGUGUUACUGCUGUGCUUAUCCUGCGGAGCAAGUGCAUUGGCCACGACUCUUCCUGGCGUCUCCGCGCUCUUGCCUGCAGCCAAUUUCACCAAACUUGGCGCGACGCACGGCUAUGGGACAGAUGUUACGACUAUUUCCAAGAACAGGAGGAAGCGUUACAUCAGUCAGAACGACAUGCUUGCCAUUCUUGACUACCAUAACAAAGUAAGAGGGAAAGUGUUUCCCCCAGCCUCCAAUAUGGAAUACAUGGUGUGGGACGACGCUCUGGCUAAGACAGCCGAGGACUGGGCUCAUGCCUGCCAGUGGGAGCACGGGCCACCUCAUCUCCUCAGGUUCCUGGGUCAGAACCUCUCCGUCAGGACGGGACGCUAUCGAUCCAUUCUCCAGCUGGUGAAGCCGUGGUAUGACGAGGUCAAAGAUUACUCUUUUCCGUACCCCCGCGACUGCAACCCCCGAUGCCCUCUCAGAUGCUACGGGCCCAUGUGUACCCAUUAUACCCAGAUGGUUUGGGCAACCUCCAACAAAGUGGGCUGUGCCGUGCACACCUGCCACAAUAUGAACGUGUGGGGUUCAGUGUGGAAACGGGCAACGUAUUUAGUUUGCAACUACUCACCCAAGGGUAACUGGAUCGGAGAGGCUCCCUACAAAGUAGGCGUCCCCUGCUCCGCUUGCCCCCCCAGCUACGGGGGCUCCUGCAGCAACAACAUGUGCUUCCCCGCUCUCAAGACAAACUACCUGCACUGGUUCAAAUAAACACAGGUUUCCGCUCGACACAAAGCUGACAGCCUGCAGUACCACAGAGACGUUACCUUAAUCCCGUAAAGAUUUGCACAAAAGUCUUGGACCACACUAUUUUUGUAUAUAUGGGCUUAUUUAAAGACACUAACAUAGAUCUGAAGGCAGCGGAUGAUUUUGAUGACUUGUACAUAAUCUGUAAAUGAAUUUGUCACAUGGCUAUUUUCUAAUGAAGUAUAAUUUAUGUUUAAACACAGGCUGCAUGUAUCCCUGUUUGUUCACCAUUGACCAUGUGGUCAUUAAGGACAUAAGGAGAUCAUAGCUGCUCAUACCUGCUCACGUUGGUGCUACAGGCAUCACACCUUCAUGUUGUGUGCUCUGCCUUCACAGGAAUGUUGUGAUAUAAAGAUCAAAGCGUUUGACCUCAGACAAAACCUACACUGUCCGUGUCAACUUGGUAGCUGUUGUAGGUACAACAAACUUCAUCCUCAACUCUAUCGCCAGUUACAUUUGUGUCCUACAACAGAUUGUCGCUAAAAAAGUGCACUUACUGUUAACUUAAAGCAUAUGACAAAAGAAAUAUCCAUCAGUCAGAUAAGGAGGUCUUUAUUCGAAGGACUGAGAGAUGAUGCCUCUGUUUGUUUUUGCUACAUUACAAAUGUUUUGCGAGUCUCAUACAUACUUAUGUUAGAAUUCAUACAAUAAUAUUCAUUCUGCGGUGAGCUCAUUCAGCACAUCGGCCCCACACACAGUACCACGGUCAACACACGCACGUUCUCAUUCAAUUCCAUGAGACCAAUGUGCCCAAACCUUUGACUGUUAC